CAAACCCAGAACCUCAGACUCUUGGGCUGAAGCUUGUCUCCUCCUCUCUACGAUGAAGGUCUCUUCUCUCAUUCUGUGUCUGCUGCUCACAGCUACCAUCCUGAGCACCCAGCUUCUUGCUCAGCCAGGGUCUCCCCCGGCCACCUGCUGCUUUAGUAUGGUCAAUAAGAAGAUCCCUAAUCAGCUGCUACAGAGUUACAGAAGAAUCACCAGCAGCAGAUGUCCUCGGAAGGCUGUGAUCUUCAAGAGCAAAAGGCACAAGAAUAUCUGUGCUGAUCCCAAAGACAAGUGGGUCCAAGAGGCCAUCAGAUAUCUGGACCAGAAAUCUCAGACCCCAAGAAAAGCCUGAGGAGAAUUUGGUUCCCUGGUAUCCCUGGAUGUAUUCUCAAACAACCUCAUCAUCUUCAUCAUAUCCCAUUUCAGAAGGGAUAGAUUAAUUAUUUAUAAACCUUUCCAUUUGUGUUAUGGACAGUUUAGAAGAUAUUUCAUCAAUAUGUGUUUACUUUACAGUGUAAAGCUUCAUUUUUUAUUUCAUGCACUUGGUCACUCUGGUUUAUGUGCCCCAUGCUGCCCAUUUAUGCCCCCAAACAACAUUCAUCUUACCUCUUCUCCCAACUUCUAUUCCUUGGCAGUCACCAUAUUAUUCUCUGUUUUUCUGUGUUCUAGUUUUUGUUUGAUUCAACCAUAAGUAAUAUCAUAUAGUUCUCUAAGCAGGUAAUGUGAAACAAUCAUCAUAUACUAUGUAAUGCAUCAGAACAUCCUGUAUGUCUUAAAUGUAUGCAAUGUCAUAUAUCAUGUAAAUAAAAAAGAAUGAGGAGCCAUAAAUAAGUGAAAUACAAAUAUAUAGUGGAAAGGUUCUGUCAACUCUCUUUUCCUCUGUGAGCCCAGUUCAAUCCCCUGAAAAGUGAAUCAUGUUCCUCUUCUUCCUCCACCCCUGCCCUUCCUGGAAACCUGUGAGGAUCUGUCCAGAAACAUUGAUAUGAACAUUGAUAUGAACUUAUUAAUAUGCUG